AAGGGCCCUGGGAACAGCUCUGAGGGGCAGUGCUGAGCAGCUGCUCUCUGCUGAGGAAGCUUCCAGUCCUCUGGAAGCAAAGACUCUGUCCCUGUGCCAGAGCUGCAGCAUGAGAAACAAUUGCAUUUUGGAUACAGGGUUCUGGUUUGGGGCUGCACUGUGCUGCUGACCAUGUCACAUGGCUGUGACAGGGCCACAGGGUGGGUCUUUUCUACCCUCGUGGUCACCAACUGGAGAAAACCUCCUGGAGGAGCAGUCAGAAUGGGAAGAAGGGAUUUCUCUCACCACCUCCUGAAGUCUGUUACCUUCUCCUUCGAUAAUGACCUAGACUGAGCCACUUCUUAUCACACUGAAUCUGUCUUCCUUUUUACUCUGUCUCUGUCUUAAGCCUGGCUUCUUCCCCACGGCAGCAGCAGGACUCCUGGGCCUGGCAGAGUGCAUCUCCUUCACCCUGAAGGAAAGCUGUGUGUUAGAUAAAGCCACCAAAUGGGUGUCUGAGCUCCUGAAGGAGGCCAGGCUGGCUGGGUUCCCUGGCUUGGGACAGGUCUGCACAGAGCUAGCACCAUUUCCCACUCUGGAAAGCAGGUGAGAAAGCAAGACCCACCCUGGCACAGAUUCCCCACAAUGCCCAGGGAGUUUCCCAGAGGUACCUGAGCUGGAAAUUCAGUCCACGAUCAACAUUCUCUGUAGGAAAGUCACUGCAAAUUUUCCUGUUAAUUAAAUGUGUGAAGGGCAGGGUAUUUGGUAUUUCCCUGAGCAAAGAGGAGGUAAUUAGUCAUCCUAUUCAUAUUUCAAAUAUAGAAGGUGGAUCUGGCAGGACAAAAAUAGGUUAAAUGGGAUAUUUUUGCUUGCCCACACAUUUGGAGAGGGCUUUCUCUUCCCCCUGCUAUCCCAAAAGCUCCAGGUAAGGGCGCCAAGCAUUCAGCUACAUAAACAAGAGCUUUAAAACAGAGGUAGCAGCUUUUAAAGCAACUUUCCAGCAAAGGUACAGCUCAUUCUCAUCAAUGUGGCACUCAAAAUGACAUGCUGUAAAAUAACUGCCCCCUGAGAACUGGCUGCCUUUUAUUCGUUACUUGCAUCUGAAGAUCCUUGGAGUACCCUUGUUAGUUAUUUCCACCUGGGAGAGCAAGUGCUGUAUCAUUGUUGUGCCAGUUUACAUCUCUCCUAUGUGUAAGUUCAUCCCUUCCAGGGGCCUAAUCCUGCCCAAGCACUCCUUCAGGUCUUGUUAAAGCUGUCCUAAUUCCACAAGGAGUGGCAGCUCAGAUGUUUGAGUAGUUUGGGUGCAUUUCUCCAAACCAAGUGGUGAAAAGAAGUGACAACUCCAGUGCAUAAAUAAGUGAACUGAAAAUUGUCAUUAUUUAUCAACAGUUGCUUGCUGUGCAUGGCCAACACGUUCUUGGGGCCACAAAUAUGGGCUUGUGUGUAGGAGACUCACCUGUAUGGGAGAGAGCAGUAAAGAACAGGUAUAUGCAGGUAAAGGAAAUAGCUGACUAGAUUAAUCUUCACCUGAAUAAUUGGUAUAACAGAAGGUAGAGGCUUAAUUAUAGUUUGAUCACCAGAAUUUGCAAUGAGCAAAAGGAAAGCAAACUCCUUAAACAAAAAGACAAUGGCUUGAAGGGUCCCACAUACCCAUAACUUCUGCCAUAGCGCAGAGCAGAUUUUUAGUAGCUGUGAAUUGCACGAGUAUUCAGGGAGUUGCUGUUUGAAGUGUCUCUCAUUUGGCUUCAAAGCUAAUUCCCACUUAUGCCAAGAGCUAGUUGAUAAUUCUUGUGGCAUAAUUAUUAUAGACUCUGCAGUUAACAACCUCUGUUACAUUGGAAAAUAGAUUGGAGUCAGAGAAUCAUUCUUUCUGACCUUGAAAUUUAUGAAGGCAGCUGCAUUGGCUCACACACAGCACUUUAAAAAACUUUUUUUUUUUUAACCUGAAAGAGUGAGUUCUGCUAGAAUUGCUUGGGCUUCUCAAAGACAGAUCAGUUACAAGAUGCUCAGUCUUCAAGUCAGUACUGCAACAGGACUACCUAGAGAGUGACAGAAUUUAUUUCUAUUAAAUGUCAGUAAGAAACCACAGACUGUGCCACAAAUCACCUGCCCUGCAGGCCUCUGAAACUGAUUUACACCCAGCACUGGUCAACCGCCCUCUUUUUCACUGGGGGUUUUUAAUCCUCUUUACACUAAAGGCUUAUUGACUAACGUAUCAAUGGCUCCUGGAGUAGAAACUUGUUCAUUCUUGUCCCUUGUGUAUCUGUCUCAUGGCUUCACUAUGACAAGUGCUAAACCUGUCUUUCUCCAGGCACAUCUCAGGCUGAUGGAUUGUGUAUUUGCUGUAUGGUGGGAUACAAGAGAUGAGAGGGUGGGAGAAGCUGUUCUGCAGGAGAGAACUGACAGUAUUAUGUGUGAGAAGUGCCUCUUAAAUGGUAUAUCUACCACAUCUACAAAAAAAAAUUCUGUUUUUUUCUUGUGGGAAUGGGAGAAGAGUUCUGGUGUUCAUUUGGAACUUUGAAUCUCAGAGAUUCAGAACCACUGUCCAUUAGAAGUUUGAGUUGAAUGCAGAGGGUUUCUUGUGAUUUUCCUCAAUCCUGUUGCUUUUUUCAGAAGACAGCAGUGGAUGGUGAUUACAUGCUGAGCAUGGCUGCGUUUGGUAGUGCAGAUGGAGCUCCUCUGAGCUCCUCCAUUCAGCCUGUCACUGAAUGUCACCACUCUCUCUUCUGGCUCUUAAAUGUUCAACACCUCUCUGCCCUGAAAGCCCUGCAGCAGACUGGAGAGAUGCCGCCUGCUGGACCCACAGUCCUGGUUAAAUUCAGUGGCUCAUCCUCAACAGCACUGUGUUAAGGAGCCUUUCCUGUCCCACCAUCCAGGAGCUGCUCUGGCAGUCACACUCCUACCUUCUGAGCUGAGGGAAAACCAGAACUGAGCAGGUAAGGAACCAUUUUCUCUGACUGUGAGUGUGCAGUAAGCCAAGAGGGGCACCCAUGGGGUCACUGGAGCCACCCAGUGUGAAGGGACUUUGUUCCCAGCAGUGUCAGUCUGGAGUGGUGGGAGCGUGACUGCCAGAGUGGCUGCUGAAUGGUGAGACAGGAAAGUUUCCCUAACAACUUCAGGGAAAAGGAGUUGCCACCAUCCAGUCAUUCCCUUGUCAAAGAGCAUCCUGUAGUUGUUAAAAAAGACCUGCUCUUUGAAAUCAAAAUAAAUGCUGCAGUAAAUGAGACCUGAGAGCAUUUGUCACAAGCCUCCUCCUAGCUUAUUGAAAUGUAUGAGCUACUGUGAGCAAGACACCCACACUUGUCAGGCAAACAAACAAAAAAAAACAUUUUCAAAAGCUUAUUUCUUUGGCUUUACCCAAUGCUUAAUCUAAUCCAAUGUUUGCAUCAACAUAGCUGUCUUCCUUUGCCUGGGGUUUACAGCAUGGAGAGGAAAUUGUUCAAGAUCUGGACCUCUCUCAUAUUUUUUUUCCCUGAUUAAUUGUGGUGAGCUGACUGACUCACAGAACUGGUGAUGCCUUCAGAGGGCAGCAGCAGCCUCUCUCCACUCCUCCUCUGGCUUGGCAGUGCUUACAAAGACUCAGCUCUAUGUGAAAUAGAGAGUGAGGGUCCGUUCAGCAGCAGACACUGCUGUUUGUAGGGUCUGUGGAGAGAGCAGUGGAGCAGAACCAGGCCUUUGAGGGAGUGACUAUUUACUUUGCAGAUGUGCUCUUCCUACAUUGCUUGUUUGGGAUUGCCCUUAUUGCCUUAUUGAGGAAGCCUCCAAUGGGCUUUUGGGAGUCUUAGAGGAAAGCAAAUUUAUCCCUGUCUCUUACCAUCUAAGCCUGCCCUCCCUUCCCCAGGCUCUGCCUGGGACGGUGGCACUCCUCGCCUCUGUUCCUGCUGUGUGCACUGGGUGCUGUGGAACCUCUGGCUCGAGUUGUACCUGGUGUUACUCCAGAAAAUGUGGGUUUGGGAGGAGGAGGAGAGCAGAACCCAUGGGCCAAGCCCUGAAAGUGUUUUUUGCAGUGAGGAGUCCAAAACUCAACACAGCAUUAGAGAUGUGGCUCAAAGGAAUUAUGAGGAAGUACAAGUCCAUGGGAGAAAAGCUUACCCACCCUUUUACCCUUUCUCAUUUUGGUAAGGACAUGUGAUGGUGUUGGAUGCACAGUUCUGGCUCAAAAACCCGGGGACAGCUGGACUGGACUGGGGCAAUUUUUGUUAGAAUUUAUUUUUCUUAUCUUUGUAUAGAUACAUUAUUAUGUAUUAUACAUGAUCUAUUUAUAGUAUACAUUUGUAUAUAUUUAAUACAGUAUAUCACUAUAACACUACAUUUAAUAAUUUAUGUAUAUCUUUUUUAUUUUUGACUUUGGUAUCUUUAUUUUAUUUAUCUGAGACUAUUACAACUGGACUGAGACUAUACAGGAACCAGAAAUAGGCAGAGGUUAAAAUAUGGCUCCUUUGCAUUCACACCUUGGUUUCCACUGCUGUUUGAAAGCAGCCAAGAAACCAAGAAAUCCACUGUGGCUGUUUAUCGCUGUCCUGUUUGGUGGUCUGACCUCCCUUUUCCCAACAGUAUUGACUUACCUUUCAGGAUAAUUAUAUUUCUAGCCAUAUAAAGUCUAAAUCCCUUCCAUUCCCAGAAGAUCCAAAAGCACACACUGUACAGAUCACCGAGAUGAAUUUAAAGUAUUCAGUCCCUGCAUUUUAUCUAGAAGGAUGAGUACAGGCACAUGCCCAUGUAAAGGACUUUUGCAUGAAGAAACUCAAGCUCAGGGAGUUGUUUCUAGAAGGUGAAUCACACUGGAGGCACUUGCUUAGGCAAGUCUAAACUCCACACUGUGAAGUUUAUCACACCUGGGUGUGAUACUGAAACUAGGAACACUUGUAUGUGUCACUUUUCCCUGGCAGUACCUUCGCUCCUUAACACUCUGUUAGCAAAGGCCAAGGUCAUACCUGGCUGAAAUGGUUCCUUUAUUAAAGGCAGCAACAGAAACAAAGUUAAAUCUUGGAGAGAAAACAAGUCCAUGCAGGCAGGAAUACCAGAAUGGAAAUACAAGUGCUAACUCAAGCAUACUGUUGUAGGAUUUAACAGGCCAAACUCCUGGACUUCACGUGACACCUGCUGUGCGAGUACGCAGAGAGGAGGAGCAGAUGCUGCUUAAGACAGAAGGGAAAACCAGCAAGUUACUGGUCUGUAGCAGGAGGCAGGAUUCUGCACAUCAGGUGAUCUGGUUUCUGUGAGACUGCAGAUGUCAGUAGCAUCACAAAUGGACCUACCUGAAGAACUUCAGCAUACAUAUACAAAAUUUUCUGAAUGGAAAUUCAAGCUCUUUAAAUUGCGAUCAUUUGAAAAAACACCCUCUGAUGACAGCCAGCACAUACACAAAGAUCAGGCAGAAGAGGCUGUUUCUCCAAACAAAGAAAUCAUCCUGCAUGAAGAUGAAGCAGUGCCAAGAGGAGAAAAGAUGGAGUUAACAGGCAAUAUGCAGGGACUUGAGGAAGAUGCUGUGAAAACACAAGACAAUAGAGCUCAUCAGAACAAUCUGAAGCAACUCUGCCGCAUCUGUGGGGUUUCAUUUAAAACUGAUUGUUCCAAGAGAACUUACCCAGUGCAUGGGCCAGUGGAUGAUGAAACUCUUCGGCUUCUGAGAAAGAAAGAAAAAACAGCAACCUCUUGGCCAGAUCUUAUUGCUAAGGUUUUCAAGAUUGAUGUGCGAGGGGAUGUCGACACUAUCCAUCCCACUCACUUUUGUCACAACUGCUGGAGUAUUAUACAUAGAAAAUUUAGUAAUACUCUAUGUGAAGUGUAUUUUCCUAGGAACAGCACAAUGGAGUGGCAACCCCAUUCCCCAAACUGUGAUGUCUGCCAUACUACCAAACGAGGAGUCAAGAGAAAAAGUCAGCCCCCAAGUGUGCAACGGGGCAAACGUGUAAAAGCCACUGGGGAACGUGCUCAGCUAAACAGAGGUAUAAAGAACCAGCAACUCAAACAAGCACAGAUAAACAACAAAAAUUUAAUGAAAGAGAUUGUCAAUUGCAAGGAUAUACAUCUCAGCACCAAGCUGCUUGUAGUUGAUUACCCAGUAGAUUUCAUUAAAUCCAUUUCUUGCCAGGUUUGUGAUCAUAUUUUGGCAGAUCCAGUGGAAACAACAUGCAGACACUUGUUUUGCAGAACUUGCAUCCUUAAAUGUAUCAGGGUUAUGGGCAGCUAUUGCCCCUCCUGCUGGUAUCCUUGCUUUCCUACUGAUCUAGUAACCCCAGUGAAAUCCUUCCUGAAUAUUCUUGAUAAUCUGAGUAUAAGAUGCCCUGUAAAGGAAUGUGAUGAAGAGAUCUUGCAUGGAAAAUAUGGCCAACACCUCUCUGGCCACAAGGAGAUGAAAGAAGGAGAGCUCUAUAGCUACAUCAAUAAAGGUGGCCGACCGAGGCAGCACCUCCUGUCUUUGACGAGGAGAGCUCAGAAACAUCGUCUGAGGGAGCUGAAACGUCAAGUCAAGGCUUUUGCUGAGAAAGAAGAGGGUGGUGAUAUAAAGGCUGUAUGCAUGACUUUGUUCCUGCUAGCUUUGAGAGCAAAAAAUGAACACAAACAAGCAGAUGAACUGGAGGCUAUAAUGCAAGGGAGGGGAUCUGGACUUCAUCCUGCUGUCUGUCUGGCCAUCCGAAUCAACACGUUUCUCAGCUGUAGUCAGUAUCAUAAAAUGUACAGAACGGUAAAAGCUGUCACUGGGAGGCAGAUCUUCCAGCCUUUGCAUGCUCUUCGCACUGCUGAGAAAGCCCUCCUACCAGGUUAUCACCCAUUUGAGUGGAAACCUCCCCUGAAAAAUGUAUCCACUAACACAGAAGUGGGAAUUAUAGAUGGACUAUCAGGACUGCCACUCUCAAUUGAUGAUUACCCAGUAGACACAAUUGCAAAGAGAUUCCGAUAUGAUGCAGCCUUGGUUUGUGCCUUAAAAGACAUGGAGGAGGAGAUCUUGGAAGGCAUGAAAGCAAAAAACCUGGAUGACUAUUUGAAUGGCCCCUUCACUGUGGUAGUAAAAGAGUCCUGUGAUGGAAUGGGAGAUGUCAGUGAGAAGCAUGGAAGUGGGCCUGCUGUCCCAGAGAAGGCUGUUCGCUUUUCUUUCACAGUCAUGAACAUUUCUAUAGCACAUGGGAAUGAAAGCAAGAGGAUCUUUGAGGAAGUAAAGCCCAAUUCAGAGUUGUGCUGUAAGCCCCUGUGCCUUAUGUUGGCUGAUGAAUCAGAUCAUGAAACUCUGACAGCAAUCCUGAGCCCCCUCAUAGCAGAAAGAGAGGCUAUGAAAAACAGUGAACUGCUGCUUGAAAUGGGAGGCAUCCUGAGAACAUUUAGAUUCAUCUUUAGGGGUACAGGAUAUGAUGAGAAACUCUUGCGGGAAGUGGAAGGGCUGGAGGCCUCAGGUUCCACUUAUAUUUGUACCCUGUGUGAUGCAACCCGCUUGGAGGCAUCCCAGAACCUGGUCUUCCACUCCAUAACCAGGAGCCAUGCUGAAAAUCUGGAGCGAUAUGAAAUAUGGAGGUCCAACCCAUAUCACGAGUCUGUUGAUGAGCUCCGUGACAGAGUGAAGGGUGUUUCAGCCAAACCUUUUAUUGAGACUGUUCCCUCCAUAGAUGCAUUGCACUGCGACAUUGGGAAUGCAACAGAAUUCUACAGGAUUUUCCAGAUGGAGAUUGGUGAACUUUACAAGAAUCCUGACGUGUCUAAAGAGGAGAGGAAGAGGUGGCAGUUGACUCUUGACAAACAUCUCAGGAAGAAGAUGAACUUGAAGCCUAUGCUGAAGAUGAGUGGAAAUUUUGCUAGAAAGCUCAUGUCCAAAGAGACUGUAGAGGUAGUAUGUGAAUUAAUUAGGUGUGAGGAAAGGCAUGAAGCCCUUAAAGAACUAAUGGACCUUUAUCUGAAGAUGAAGCCAGUGUGGCGAUCCUCAUGCCCUGCCAAGGAGUGCCCAGAACUGCUGUGCCAGUAUAGCUACAAUUCACAGCGUUUUGCAGAGCUUUUAUCUACAAAGUUCAAGUACAGAUAUGAGGGCAAGAUUACAAAUUAUUUCCACAAAACGCUUGCUCAUGUUCCUGAAAUCAUUGAAAGAGAUGGGUCCAUUGGGGCCUGGGCAAGCGAAGGAAAUGAGUCUGGAAACAAACUGUUUAGGAGGUUCCGAAAAAUGAAUGCCAGGCAGUCCAAGGUCUAUGAGAUGGAGGAUGUCUUGAAGCACCACUGGCUGUAUACCUCCAAGUACCUCCAGAAGUUCAUGAAUGCUCAUAAAACAUUAAAAAGCCAGAACUUCACCAUUGAUUCAGGGGGUAGUUUAGGUGACUCUGUGCCACUGGAGGUCUUGGAAAACAAUGACUCAGCAGAACUCUAA